AGGGUCUAAGCCAAUGGAAGAGUGUCUAAAGCCUAAGGGUAAGCCAAUGGAAGAGUGUCUAAAGCCUAAGGGUGUUGAAGGGUCUAAGCCAAUGGAAGAGUGUCUAAAUCCUAAGGAUGUUGAAGGGUCUGAGCCAAUGGAAGAGUGUCUAAAGCCUAAGGGUGUUGAAGGGUCUAAGCCAAUGGAAGAGUGUCUAAAGCCUAAGGGUCAGCCAAUGGAAGAGUGUCUAAAUCCUAAAGGUGUUGAAGGGUCUAAGCCAAUGGAAGAGUGUCUAAAUCCUAAGGAUCAAAAAGGGUCUAAGCCAAUGGAAGAGUGUCUAAAGCCUAAGGAUGUUGAAGGGUCUAAGCCAAUGAAAGAGUGUUUGAAGCCUGAGGGUCAGCCAAUGGAAGAGUGUCUAAAGCCUAAGGGUGUUGAAGGGUCUAAGCCAAUGGAAGAGUGUUUGAAGCCUGAGGGUCAGCCAAUGGAAGAGUGUCUAAAGCCUAAGAGUCUAAAAGGGUCUAAGCCAAUGGAAGAGUGUCUAAAGCCCAAGGGUCAGCCAAUGGAAGAUUGUCUAAAGCCUAAGAGUCUAAAAGGGUCUAAGCCAAUGGAAGAGUGUCUGAAGCCUGAAGAUCAAAAAGGGUCUGAGCCAAUGGAAACGUGUCUAAAGCCUGAGAGUGUUGCAGGUUCUAAGCCAAUGGAAACGUGUCUAAAGCCUAAGAGUGUUGCAGGGUCUAAGCCAAUGGAAGAGUGUCCAAAGCCUCAGGGUCAGCCAAUGGAAGAGUGUCUAAAUCCUAAGGAUGUUGAAGGGUCUAAGCCAAUGGAAGAGUGUCUAAAUCCUAAGGAUCAAAAAGGGUCUGAGCCAAUGGAAGAGUGUCUAAAACCUAAGGAUGUUGAAGGGUCUAAGCCAAUGGAAGAGUGUCUAAAUCCUAAGGAUCAAAAAGGGUCUGAGCCAAUGGAAGAGUGUCUAAAGCCUAAGGAUGUUGAAGGGUCUAAGCCAAUGGAAGAGUGUCUAAAUCCUAAGGAUCAAAAAGGGUCUGAGCCAAUGGAAAAGUGUCUAAAUCCUAAAGGUGUUGAAGGGUCUAAGCCAAUGGAAGAGUGUCUAAAGCCCAAGGGUUUAAAAGGGUCUAAGCCAAUGGAAGAAUGUCUAAAGCCCAAGGGUUUAAAAGGGUCCAAGCCAAUGGAAGAGUGUCUAAAGCCUAAGGAUGUUGAAGGGUCUAAGCCAAUGGAAGAGUGUCUAAAGCCUAAGGGUCAAAAAGGGUCUAAGCCAAUGGAAGAAUGUCUAAAGCCCAAGGGUUUAAAAGGGUCCAAGCCAAUGGAAGAGUGUCUGAAGCCUAAAGGUCAAAAAGGGUCCAAGCCAACCAUGUGUGACAAAGAGACGAAGCUCUACAGCUGUGCUACAUGCGGUCAUAAAACCACCAGACUCGUUAAUCUCAAGGUACACAUUAGAAAACACACUGGAGAAAAACCAUUCAGCUGUGAGAUUUGCGACAAAAAGUGUGCCACCUCGAGUCAACUGAAAGUACAUAUUUUCAGACACCAUAGUGAAAAUCGUUUUGCCUGUGAAUUGUGUGAUUUCAAAUGUGCCCAAAAUAGUGAAUUUAGAACGCAUGUCAAGUCUCAUACUAUCGAAAAACCGUUCAGCUGUGAAUUUUGUGGUCUCAAGUUCUCGUAUUCGGGCUAUUUGAGAAUGCAUCUUCUAUCUCAUGAUAAUCUUAAAACAAUUCAGGACUCACAAUCUAAUAAUAAUCUUAAAACAACUCAGGACUCACAAUCUCAUAAUAAUCUUAAAACAACUCAAAACUCGCAACUCGUGAUAGCUGAUACAGCCACACUUAUUAUUCCUGAUAGCUGAUAAUCUAUCAUUUGUGUAAUGAAAUCUCUGGAAUUUUGUCAAAAUACUUAUUUUAGAAUAAUUGUCAAAUUUAUGGUUGUGCAUUCAAUA